AGAGGGUCAAACAGCAACACGAGAGGUCGCAAGUCAGGACACGCACUACUGGCUCGCACAGAAUAGAACGUUCCUACGGCUAACUUUAGCGUCUUUUCAACGACUAGACUCGGCAGAAAGAACCAGGAUCGUCCACGUCAAUCCAACAGGUGUCAGCAGAUCUACAAGCAACGAUUACGUCACAGUAACCAUGGAAACCUCAAAGUCAGGGUUCCAGCACCAGCCGGUCAAGAUCCUCAUGAUCCUCGGCGCCUGGCUCGCCUUCUUCGUCUGCAUCACCUUCAACGCGCUGUCAGCCAGCGGAGCCAGCAAAGGCCUGUUUAACAGCACACAAGGUGAACUAUCAGACAAGUACUACAACGACUUGGUCCCCGCCGGCUGGACAUUCUCAAUCUGGGGGUUUAUCUAUGCGUGGACCGCGCUGUGGCUCCUCUACGUCACCACCACCAUCUUCCGCAAGACGUCCGAGGGCUACGUGUACAUCGUGGCCGAUCUGCUGCCUUGGUACUUCUUCGUUUCCUGGUACAUCAACCAAGCCUGCAACGUCACCUGGCUCUUCGUUUUCGACAAUGAACAUCUCGUAGCUUCUGCCUGCGUCCUCGCUCUUAUCCCCUUCACUCUCUACAUCUGUCUUUUCGCCUCCUAUCGUGAAGUGGACAGGCGCGGCGUGUGGUUAACAGAGAACUCUCCUGUUGAUCUCUGGCUCACCCGUGCGUUUGUCCACAAUGGCCUGGCCAUCUAUGCCACCUGGACAACUAUCGCAACCCUUCUAAACUUCGGCAUUGCUCUUAUCUAUGCCGGUGGCUACGACAACACAGAUGUCGUGACCGGCCUGAUCGCUGUUCUUCUGGUCGAGUGCCUGGUCUGGUAUGUUCUGGAGAACUUCGUUCUCGACCGCUACUGUCGCUACAACUUGAUCAUCUGGGUUGUUGUGAUUGUGGCUCUGACCGGUAGCCUGGUGGAGCACUGGGGGCCCCAGAAAAGGAACAGCAUCUUUACGGCUAUUCUCAUUGGCCUGGUGGCUUUCCUGUUCACCAUCCGCCUCUGUCUUGUCGUGUAUCGACACUUCAAGAACCCCCUGUAUAAGAAAUUCGUGCUGCCCACUACAGAACAGGGCAAGAACAACGGCACUUUUAACAUGACCUAGAUUCACUCGCUCACUCACUCACUCACUCACUCACUCACUCACUCACUCACUUUCUAUUUUAUGAUAGGAGAGUUUGAAGUUUCCUGGGAUGUUUCCUUUGAUCGUAUUGUAAAGCAAGAUGUGCUCUAUAACUUUUUCAACAGUAUUAACACAAAUUAACGUUCAUCGUCAUUUGUAGUGUUUCUGUAUAUCUCUAUAUAUAUACUGUAUGCGUAAUUACCUGUAUUAUAUUAUAUCUUCAUUGGUUUAUAUCAAACCACUUACAUGUAUGUAGGUAGCACAAGCUGUGAUGUUUUGUAUUCAAUUUGAUAGCGAUAUUCUGCAAUAAAAUUACUGAGAUUA